AUGUCAGAACAGCUGCAGGAAGGCUACAGGGCCAUGCAGACAGGAGACCUGGACACAGCAGAACAGCUGCAAGAAGUCUGCAGGGUAAUUCAGACAGGAGACAUAGACAAGGCAGAACAGCUGCAAGAAGGCUGCAUGGCUCAGCAGUCAGGGGACCUAGACAAGGCAGAACAGCUAAAGGCUACAGGAAGGCUGCGGGUCCCUGCAGACAGGGGGUGUGGACACGGAAGAAGAGCUACACUAGGGCUGCAGGGCUCUGCAGACAGGGGGCAUGGAGGCAGCAGAAUUGCCGCAAAAGGCCUGCGGGGCUGUGCACAGAGCGGAGCUGGACAUGGCAGAAGGCUUCAGCGCCCUAAAGAGAAGAAAAUUGGACACCACAAAGCAGGUUUGAAUGGUCUUGCAGACAGAGGACAUGGACAAGAGGGAAAUGCUGCAGGAGGGCUGCAGGGCCCUGCUUACAGGCAACCUGGACACGGCAGAACAGUGCCAGGAGAGCUACAGAUAGGGGAUCUAAACACAGCAGAGCAGCUGCAGGAGGGCUGCAGGGCCCUGCAGACAGGGGACCUGGACACGGCAGAACAGAACUUUGCAGCUGCGCUAAAGUCUGUUCAUGGGAAAGAGUCAAGCAAAGAGGUGGAGCCACUUCUUAAGUUAAGUGAUGUCUACCUGAAGAGAGGAAUGCAGUCAAAAGACGGUGAUGAUUUCACCAAGGCAGCAGCGCUCUGUAACGCAGCACUGGUAAGAUCCAAAACAGAAGACCAAGAUGACAUAAAACAAACAAUCCAGUCCAUAACCCAAUCAUUCGUUAAGCGCGUCCUGGGUAUCACACAAGCGGUAUGUAUGGAUGAUGUAGACAAACACAAAACGAUGUUGAAGGAUGACAGACAUGACGUAGCAAAAGAGAUCGAAGAGAUUGAACAACAGGCCGAUCCUUACAGCCUUGAUGAUGACGACCCAAAUAUCACAGAAGUUGAGAAGAGGAGAGUGGAAGUAAUCAAGGCAUUGUUUCAGACAAUACUGCAUCAGCGAAGAACGUUUAUAACUGGCCUUAUAGAUGAAUGCAUUGAGGUAAUGGGUCCCCCUCCCUGUAAGUACGCCAUGAUGGGCUUGGGUUCACAAGCCACAGGUCUAGUAACACCGUACUCUGAUCUGGAAUUCGCCAUUUUGAUACAGAAGGAUACAGAAAAUAAUGUUACUUACUUCCGCAACCUCACUCACUUCCUACAUCUCAAAGAGAGCAAGAGUUGA